AAAGAUUUUUGACGAAGGGCGGGAAACUUCGUACAUGGCGGACGCGGUUUUUUCAAUCUUUUAAUUUAUUUCAAUUUAAGGAGGAUUGGUGUUUGGUUUUUUUAGUAAUUAUAUUGUAGAUUUAGUUUUAAUAUUAUCUUAGUGUAAAUAUAUAUAUAUUGAUGGCUACAAAAUCAAUAGCGAGUGCCACGGUGCGGGCAGUGAAAAAACGAAUAUUGCCAUCCAGGGCAGCACUUGUAUUAACCCCAUCAGCUGUUGAGAAAGUUAAACAGAUUAUGUCCAAAGAAGAGGCUAAAGGUUUCAUUGGUUUGAAGGUAGGCGUGCGACAAAGGGGCUGUAAUGGUUUGUCUUACACCCUAGAUUAUGCCGCUACCAAAGGAAAGCUUGAUGAGGAAGUAAAACAAGAUGGAGUAACCAUAAUUAUUGACAAAAAAGCACAAUUAACACUAUUAGGAACUGAAAUGGACUUUGUACAAGAUAAACUGUCAGCUGAAUUUGUUUUUAACAAUCCGAAUAUUAAGGGUACCUGUGGUUGUGGAGAAUCCUUCAGUAUAUAAUUUAUAGAUAUAAUAAUAAAUUAAUUAUUAUUGUUAUUGUCCUUUCAUCCUUUGUAGGUAUUUGAAAUUAAUUAAAACAAUGAAAACCUCUUGUGCAGAGUUUCAACUUCUAGGUUCUGAGCUUAAGUGAAAAAUCAGGUCAUUGUCUGUAAUUAGCUCAGCUAUGUAGUCUAUCACCAUAAAGACUAAGAUCAAAGAGUUGUUGCUAAAUCACCUGCCCCAUUGCAGGGGAAAGGUAUGCAUAAAAUGUACAGGUAGACCUUCCAUUUUGCUGUUUCUUAGCCUUUUUCUCUUUGCAAUAUUAUCAGAUGAAAAUAGCAGUCAAAAUACUCUUUAUAAAAUUCUGAAUAAUGAAAAAUAAUAUAAUUUAAUAGUUUAAUGGCUUUGUUUGUAUGUUGUAGAAAUCAAAAUCUACUUAUGAAAAAGUUUAAAUGAAUAGUUCUUAUAAUGUUAUAGGGCAAAUUUGUAUAUACUAUUUUAUAUUAAUAGUUGUGUUCCUCUUUUAUGUUUUAGUUGGUAGAUCUUGUUUGUAUAGGUAGUGAUAAAAAUGAAUCUAGUAAUGAGCCAUUUAUUGUGUUUUUUGGCUUAAAUAAUAAAUAAAGAAAUAAAUAUUUUACUUGAAAAAUUGUUUUUUUUUUCUAUGAUGCUGAUAAAUAUAUAUAAAGUU